CCGGCUAUUCCGUCAAUCAAGUUGUACUACUUUUGAAAUUUGUCUUUCAACUACUUUUGUAUUUGACUAGCCAUAUAACAAAAGUAAAAUGAGUUCAAAUGAACUUGGAUCAGAGAUGUUACCAGACUGGGUGAGCAAUAUUCAGGAAAAGUACGAUGAAUAUAAAGAACCAACCCUUCAUGUAUCUACUUUGAAUUUGCUGAGGGUCAUCUCAAGAUCGCUUAAACAAGACUUAAGAGCUUUUGUGACAGCUAUAGAAAUUAUUGAAGAGUAUAUUCGUGCAAAACGUGGAACUCAGAUAAAUUCUCCGACACUGGUAGCAUUAUGUUCAGUUUUUAUGGCCAGGCAAACUUACCAGUACAAUGAAGUCGUAUUAUGCGAGGUAGACAUUUUGUCAACUUUGAAAAGCUAUGUUCCCAUGAGUAACAAAGUCGACGAUUUAACAACAUUUAUAUACAAAUUUGAAAAAGAUACAAGAAUUCGAGCAGAUGUGAUGCCCAUUUGCAUGGAUGUCAUGGAAAUGUUAUAUCUAACAAGAAGGCGUUGGUUUUACAGGAUGAAGGAAAUUUACUCUACUAAUGAAGAUUCAUCCAGAGCAUUUAGGACAUUGAUGAGACAUCGACUAUUUUUCCCAAUUUGCAUUCUAAUCUUCGUCUUUAGAAAAACAAACUAUAAGCAUUGCCUGGAUGUUGACAAAAUUCUUCGCGAUAUGUCAAAGAAGUGUAAUAUACAUACUGAUCACUUCAAUGCCCAUAUUGACUUGAUUGAUGAGAUCUAUUCAGAAAAAUUCUAAGCGACUGUGAACACUGAUAAAUUUGUAUUUUAUUGUAACCAUUUUGCAGAACUAUAGUUUUUGUUACCUAUUAUAACUUACAAUGAUUAUGAUUAUUUUGUAAUUAUGGAUUUGAUAGCUUUGUUUGUAUUUUUUUGUUCGUUUUGGACGAUUUUUGCUCUUCAAACCAUCCACAAGACAGUUUGUGGACUACUCGAAAUAUUGGAUAGCCACUACAACGUCAAUGUCAAACUAAUUUUAUCCUCAAACAAUUAAAUCAAAUUCAAGCGGAUAACCAAAUGGAAAUGGUAUUUACCAUUUUGGGUUGGUAUUUACCAAUCCGUUCAAGCGAGUGUAGUUAUCAGUUUGGUUAUAAGAUCCGUGACGUCACGAAUCAGCUGUUAUAUGUCAUAGUUAUCAGCGCAAAAUUGUGGUAUUUACCCAACUCAAGAGUAGUUUUAUAUUUCUGGUUAUUAUUUGAAAUGUGACAAGUUAGAAUUUUGCCGGGUAUUGGAUAUUGUUAUUGUACUUCAGCUUCAUUUUUGAGAAAAAUGAUACAGGCUGACUUCAGUUUUACCAUAAAGUGGAGCACCUUAUUAGUUAUACUCAUUACGGUUGUUGGGGACACUUUAAAUGUAGUUCCUAUGCUUACAAAGUAUCCUGUGUAGCCAUAUACCACAAGAAUAUUAAAGUAUGGCCAUAUAAACUCACUAGAUGAUAUCCAUCUGUAUAUGGUUUUGCUAAUUUCUUUUUUCAUCAUUUCUGCUGAAUCAAUAAAUGUUUUCUUUGACAUGCGGAAAAAUUUAGAGAAUUGAAAGUUAUCAUAGCUACAAAGCCAUGGUUCCAUCAUUAAAAAAAAUCUGAAAAAACAUUUCUCCCAUGAAUAUUAUGAAAGGUUUCUUAUUUAAACUUUCCAUAUACAGUUGUAGACGAAAAAGCACCGAUUAUUAAGUGAUAAUAAAAAUAAUCAGAUAUUAUAUACGCGAUUUUCUAAAAUAAACAACUUGCACAAAACCGCGGUUAAAACCAACGCGUUCAAGCGAUUCGUGUAACUGACGACAUCAACCCGUGUGUCAUCUUGAACCAUAUUAUAACCGCGGCACAUAACACAGAAAUUUUGGUUAUUCGCUUGGAUUUGAUUUUAGUUCAUCUCUAUUUUCUGUAUCAGCUGUAAUAAGUUAUUAAAGUUACGUUUUACCAAGUUUCCAUUUAUAUUUUCUAUUUUUAUGGUCAGGAAGGGAUGAAGCACAAUUGUUGCUUUUCUACUAGUGAAAUGAUUAAUUAAAGAAAAAUCCUAGAUAAAAACAAAUGUAUUUUAUUAAAAAAUAACAAUUAAUUCUUAUAAAUACCGACUAACAAAUUAUUUUUAUUGGUACAAUGUGUAGGCUGCAAUUUACCCAAGUGAACAUCAUAACCACAACUUUCUGCGUAUUUUUUUCUAUCAGUAUCAACCAAAUCCAUACAAAAAUAUCCUUGCUUUGUUUUGCCAUUAUCUUCUCCAUGAGUUUGGUCUGCAGAAUGAGCUAGCACUAGAUAAUCUUCAUGGGUAAUCUGUCAAAAAUACAGUAUUUCAAAAUUGGUACUAAUGGAAUAAUGUUGACAAAUGAUGUGCUUCAAACUAAAACUGAGCUGAAUCAAAAGUAAAUAGUUUGAUAUCAUCUAGAUGUGGUGAGAAUAAUGAUAAGCUUUCAACUGUUCUGAUAUUUGUCUAGACUAAACCUGCGACUGCGCUCGCGUGGAGUACUGGUAUAUGUCAUUCAUUUCGCAUUAGUAUGAGUGAGAUUGGUUUCGGGUAAAGAAAGACAGUAUUCAAAGCAAUGCAAUAGUUUCUUUGGCAAUGAGCAUUUGUCAUCCAACAUUUUCAUGUGACAGUAAGUUAAUUUUAUUGUUUCGCUUUUUUAAGUUCUCGAUAAAAAGUAACGAGUCGACUUAAAAAAAUUAUAUGAUGUUUAUAUUGGAUGUCAGGACUUAAACAUUAAAGUUUCUUGCUUUUUUUAUUUAUGGUGGGGGUUUCCAUUUCCCAUAAUUAUAUGAUGCC